CAACGUUCUUCGGGAAACACGGUGGCGAUAGCAGCUUUGUUGUCGUACACUUUAUUACACUAACGUCACCGACUGCGUAGAGUGCGCUGUGUUUGGAGCUAGCGCUGCUGCGGCGGAGGCAACUGUUGCUCACCGGAAUGACAUCCGCUCUCCAGUACCUGCUUGUCUCUUCCUGACAUUUACUCACAGCCCCAUACCACCGGACAUCCUGUCAACACCAAUUCUCUCCUUCAACAGCCAUCAUAUCACUGCCGCUCCCGUAAACAAGGCAGUGCGGCCUAUGUUCCUCCGUUCAACGACUACAGGAUAACUGCGUCCUCUCUGGGUCUGUCGUCAUGCUCAUAUGCACCCUCGCGGUCAUCUUCCUGUCUACAUUGGCUCUCAAUAUCUGCAUCCAGCCGGUACUAUCGGCGGAGUACGCAACAGACCAGUAUGUCAUGAACCAGCGGCAUGUUCAACGGGAAUACGAGAAUGGCGAGCUCCCGCCUGAAGAAGAUACGAUUGGAUGGGUGGAUCCACGGCUCAAUGGCGGUCGCCUACUUGAUUUCACGACGACGCAGCUCGGCGAGCCGCUGAACGUGAUUAUCACGGCUCUUUCCGAUCCAUACAUCCUUAGCGAGGCGGGCCUGCACAACUACGCAAAGUCGAUAGGAUACUCAGAGGAAUGCCUCGGGCUGCACUACGGUGACAUUCACGAAGCGGAUCUGGGGGACGGGCUGGGGCGUAAGCCGGAGGUGUUUCUUGCGCGGCAAGACUACUUCCCCGUGAUGGGCACAUGUUGGGAGAGUGUGCGUGGAGGACAUCAUUUUCGUGCAUGGAAGCAGAAUGGGACAGUCGCGAACAGCGAGGCGUGGUUCAUUGGGGCUUCUGAGGAGAAGGACUCGUCGAAGAACCAUCAAAUCAUACCUGAUGGGUACAACCUGGGACGAAAUUAUCUCGUAGAGCGAGCAGUCGCGGGAACCCACUGGAACGGCAUGUGGUGGAAGGCUGACGUCGAGUGGCGUGCUGGCCUACUAGAGAGGGGCAAUCGAGGCGUGAACCAUGAUAUUAAACAGGACGGACUCGUCGCCAUCCUCACAGUCAUACGGCUUUGACCGGCCAUCCAAGGCGCUGCUCUUCUGUGCUGCGAUGUUCAUAGCUCGCUUCAUGGAUUCUGCUAUGCUCCCACCAGCAUUAGUUAUCUUUUAUCUAUAAUCAACGGACUACUUAAAUCUGGAUCACAGCCUGCAUAUCGAUGCUCCCGUAGAUACUUGGGAUCGCAUCCAGUCUCUUGCAGCCUAUCUACGCACUAUCUAUAUAUGCCUAUAACUAGUCCGGCGAUAAUGCGUGAUGCAUAUCCUACACCGCUGCUAGCAUCCCUUUAGUCGUGCAAUGUCUAUCCCACACCACACUACAUUUAUGUAUAACAAGUUACGGCCGUCAGAUAUAAGUAUCGAGCAUAGUCAAAGAC